AUGCCUAGCACAAAGAAACCAUCAGUUUCGACCGUGGCUCCAAGCUUGAAGGUCUUGAACAUGCGAUUUAAGCAGAUUCAGUCCUCGUUUAGUGACAUUUGGCGUUUCGUUGAAACAUUUCAAGAAGAUUCCUCGUCGAUUCAAAUUGAGAUUCGUCUGGAGGAAAUUGAUAACCUGUGGGAGAAACUAAAUGAUACAUUGAUUGAAAUUCAAUCUCAUGAUGACUUUGACUUAGAUGAAAGUUAUUUCGAGCGUGAAAGGGUCACGUUUAGCGAAAGAUAUUACCAUUCAAAAGCCUUUCUUAUGGAAAAACUUAAGGAACGGACUCAAUUACCGGAUUUGAGUAGUACAGCUAGGGUGAAUGACUCAUUAAUGCAACCAACUCUUGAUCACGUUCGACUUCCCCAGAUCAAACUUCAAACGUUUAAUGGGAAUAUUGAAGAAUGGUUAAGUUUUCGGGAUUUAUACAUGUCGCUCAUUCAUUGGAAGACUGAUUUACCGGAAGUGGAAAAGUUUCACUAUCUUAAAGGUUGUUUACAAGGUGAACCAAAAGCUCUAAUUGACCCUAUCAAGAUCACAAAAACCAACUACCAAAUCGCUUGGGAUUUGUUGCUGAAGAGAUACAACAACAGUAAGCUCUUACGGAAAAGACAAGUUCAAGGUCUGUUUCAGCUCCCUUCUUUGACUAAGGAAUCCGUCAGUGAUCUGCAAGUUCUCUUGGAAGGAUUCGAGAGAAUUGUGCAGACGUUAGAUCAGAUCAUACAACCUGAAGAAUACAAGGAUCUUCUUCUGGUCCACCUUCUCUCCUCGCGUCUCGAUCCUGCGACACGCAGAGGAUGGGAAGAAAGUUCUGCCGCCAAGGACCAAGAUGUUGUACAAGAUUUGACGGAGUUUCUUCGCAGGCGUGUGCGAGUUUUAGAAUCAUUGCCGGUUAAGGUUGUAGAGCCCAAGUCAGUUCAGCCACAACAAGUCCCAAGGUUUAAGCAUUCUACUAGGGGUAGCUUCAGUUCAUUCCAAUCGUCUGGUAGAGCGUGUGUUGCUUGUCAAGCGGAUCAUCCAUUAUUUCAAUGCCAGGCUUUUCAGCGCAUGAAAAUUGAGGAUAGAGAAGGGUUGCUACGAAGUCAUUCGCUCUGUAGAAAUUGCUUUAGCAAGAGUCAUAGGGCGAAAGAAUGUAAAUCGAGGUAUUCUUGUCGCCAUUGUAAGGGUCGCCACCAUAGUUUGGUUUGUUUUAGAUCAGACAAGGAGGAAUCUAGAGGUUCUAGAUUUCGAAAAGGUACAGAGGAAUCGAAACCCCAAGAACAACAGUUGGUAUCAGCUCCUCAAGUGACGAACCUGGCAGCUACAGAUCUUUUGUCCUCUAACUCUGCGCCUCAACGCUCAUCACAGGUUCUCUUAGCUACAGCAGUAGUUGUUUUGGAAGAUGAUUUUGGUAAUCAGUACCCUGCAAGAGCUCUUCUAGAUUCUGGCUCAGAGAGCAAUCUUCUUACGGAGCGAAUGAGCCAACGGUUGAAAACCACAAGAGAAAGGGUAGAAAUCUGCGUAAUAGGAAUAGGUCAGGCAGCAACGAAGGUCAAGCAGAGAAUUCAUGCCACGGUUCGAUCACGAGUUUCAGAGUUUUCGCGAGCUAUGAGCUUCCUUGUCCUACCCAAGGUGACGGUUAAUUUGCCCACAACAACAGUACAAACAAAGGGCUGGAGAUUUCCAGAAGGUAUUCAAUUGGCAGACCCUUCAUUCUCGGUGUCUAGUGAGGUGGACAUUGUUUUAGGAAUCGAAUCAUUCUUCGAUUUCUUCCAUACUGGAGAAAAGAUCGAUUUGGGCGAUCAACUUCCUUCUCUGAAUCAUUCAGUGUUUGGUUGGGUAGUCUGUGGAGGUUUGCCGAUCCCACGGCAAGCCAUACAAGUAAUCUCGAAUGCUUCGAUUACUGAAGAUCCUCUGGAAGCCAUGAUGGCUCGAUUUUGGUCCUGUGAGGAGGUCGAGUCAACCAAUUUCCUUUCACCAGAGGAAGCCAGAUGCGAGAGCUUAUUCUCGAAAACUGUGAAACGCGAGUCCGACGGAAGAUACACAGUUUCUCUACCUCGAAACGAUAGUAUCAUUGAACGAUUAGGUGAAUCGCAGGAGAUCGCUAUGCGGCGAUUUCUGGCAACGGAACGGAGACUUGCUAGGGACGAAAACCUCAGGAAGCAAUACGAAGAGUUCAUGGAGGAAUACGUUCGUUUGGGUCACAUGCAAAAGAUAGUUGAGUUGGAAGAUGAGUCAUGUCAGAAAUCAGGUAAACAGUCAGUCAAGCGUUGUUUUUUGCCACACCAUCCAGUUGUUAAAGAAGCGAGUACUACUACAAAGGUCAGGGUCGUUUUUGACGCCUCUUGUAAAACUUCAACUGGAGUAUCGUUAAACGAUGGACUCUUGAAUGGCCCUGUUAUUCAGGAUGACUUACGCUCGAUUAUCCUCCGUUGUCGAACCAAACAGGUUAUGGUUGUUGCCGACAUUGAGAAAAUGUUCAGGCAAAUCAAUAUCGCUGAAGAUGAUCGUCCUUUCCAAUCCAUUUUGUGGCGGUCAUCUCCCAAGGAAAAAAUAUCGAUCUAUGAACUGCGAACAGUCACCUACGGAACCAAACCAGCUCCAUUUCUAGCCACUAGAACUCUGCAACAGUUGGCCACUGAUGGGAAAGGGGAUUUUCCGCUUGCAGCAAGGGCUGUUUUGAAUGACACCUACAUGGAUGAUGUCAUCACAGGGUCGGAUACCGUGGAAGAAGCGAGUGAGCUGCAAGUUCAGCUUGAUGCGUUGAUGAGUUCUGGUGGGUUUCGUUUGAGAAAAUACGCCUCAAACAGCCCUGAUGUGUUGAAGAAUGUUUCUGAAGACAAUUUGGCAAUCAAAUGCCCGGAAGGUAUUAACCUGGAUCCUGAUCCAUCGGUCAAGACUUUAGGUUUGACAUGGAUGCCCACAUCAGAUGUUUUCAGCUUUCAAUUCAGUAUUCCGACCAUUGAAUCUAUUGAACCAUUAACUAAAAGGCGAAUACUGUCCGUUAUUGCUAUGCUUUUCGAUCCCCUGGGGCUCAUUGGAGCCGUAAUUGCUACUGCUAAGAUUUUUAUGCAGAAAAUUUGGAUGUUAAGGGAUGCUAAAGAUCAACGACUGGGCUGGGAUGAACCGGUACCGUUGAUGAUUGAUGAAGCUUGGAGAAAAUACCACCAGCAACUCAGUUCGCUCAAUGAGAUCCGAAUAAAUCGAUGCGUUAUGAUUUCUAACCCUGUUCUGCUUGAGAUCCAUUGUUUUUCUGAUGCGUCAGAGAAGGCGUACGGAGCUUGUGUUUACAUCCGCAGCCAGAACUCCCAAGGUCAAUUGAAAACAGCUCUCCUUACAUCAAAGUCACGCGUUGCACCGUUGAAGUCGCAAAGUAUUCCUAGGUUAGAGUUGUGUGGAGCAUUGCUUGGGGCUCAGCUGGUAGCCAAUGUGAAAAAGGCCCUCAAGGGCGAAGUCUCGACAUUCUUUUGGACCGACUCCACAUGUGUUCUACGCUGGAUUUCCUCUACGCCGUCAACCUGGACUACUUUCGUGGCUAAUAGAGUGAGCAAAAUUCAAACCAUGACCGAAGGGUGUCAAUGGAACCAUGUAGCAGGAAAGCAGAACCCCGCGGACUUAAUCUCUCGUGGUAUUCUACCCGAGGAGAUUCUUGACAACGAGUUUUGGUGGAAUGGUCCACAAUGGUUAGCAGAAAGCAUGGAGAGCUGGCCAAUCGCCUCGGUCAGCAUGCUUGAAGAAGAAGGAGAAGACGAAAGGAGACACAAAAAGGUAGCUGCAACAACCUCGGUUAGCCGAGAGUUCAACAAUUGGUUUAUUUCCCACUUUUCCGACUAUACGAAACUUAUCCGUUCCACUGCUAUUUGGAUUCGCUUGAUUCGAGUUCUUAGAAAGUCAAAAGAAGGCCCAACUUCUGGGUUUCUAAAAGCGACAGAGUUGUCAGAGGCAGAAAUGGUUAUGGUACGCCUAGUUCAGCGAGAAUGCUUCCAGGAUGAGCUAAAGUCAUGCUCAAGGGGGGAAACGGUUCCCAGAAAAUCACCAUUGCGUUGGUUCAACCCUUUUAUUCAGAAUGGCAUCAUUAAGGUCGGCGGUAGGCUGAUGCAUUCUCAGGAAUCCGAAGAUUUUAAACACCCCAUGGUUCUACCCGCGAAUCAUAAUUUCACCAAGCUACUUUUCGAAUCAUACCACAAAAAAUUGCUGCACGCUGGACCUCAGCUAACUCUCUGCGCUGUCAGACAGCGGUUUUGGCCUCUGGGAGGAAGGAGCGUAAUUAGAAAUGUAAUUCACAAAUGCAUAAAAUGCUUCAGAGUGCGCCCUAAGCCUAUGGAGCAAUUAAUGGGAGACUUGCCUGCGGCACGAGUUAGAGAAUCACGCCCAUUCACUAAAACCGGGGUUGAUUAUUUUGGCCCGGUUUAUUUACGCCAUGCGCCUCGUAAGCCUUCGGUAAAGGCUUAUGUAGCGGUGUUUAUUUGUUUUUCCACGAAGGCAGUGCACCUAGAAUUGGUGACUGACCUUACAACAGAUAGGUUUCUACAGGCGCUUAGAAGAUUCCUGGGACGUUGGGGAAAGGUUUCAGAUAUUUACUCUGACAAUGGAACCAACUUCAUUGGCGCUAGAAACUAUCUGCUUGAUUUGAAGAAGGUUCUGAGAUCCAAGGAUCAUCUUGAACAAAUUACGAAAUACUGUGCAAACGACGGAAUCCAAUGGCAUUUAAAUCCUCCUCGAGCGCCGCAUUUUGGUGGCCUAUGGGAGGCGGCAGUAAAAUCUGCAAAACACCACAUCAUUAGGGUCAUUGGUGACCACCCUCUGUCCUUUGAGGACAUGCAAACGUUGUUGGUUCAGGUGGAGGCUUGUCUUAAUUCGAGGCCUAUUACACAGCAAUCAGAUGAUCCGAAUGAUUUGGAACCACUUACACCGGCACACUUUUGGUUGGGAUCUUCCUUGCAGGCUCUUCCAGAACGUGAUUUGUCGAACAUACCUGUUAAUAGGCUCGAUAAGACACAGCUGAUCCAACAAAAAGUCCAACAAAUUUGGAAUCGGUGGCGGAAAGAAUAUCUUUCGCAGCUACAAGCAAGAACUAAACGGUGUAAUAAAAAUGUUAAAAUCGAGAUCGGUAGAUUGGUAGUAAUCUGCGAUGACAAUGUUCCACCGAUCCAUUGGAAGAUGGGUCGCGUAUCUGAAGUACACCCUGGUCAAGAUGGUGUUGUUCGGGUGGUGACGUUAAAGACGAGUAGUGGGUUCAAAACUCGGGCGGUUGAACGAAUAUGUUUAUUGCCAAUUCAGCCUGAGUCUGAAAUGCAGCCAAAUGCUGUUCAAGCAUAA